AUGGCGGUAGACGAAGAGACGGCGGUGGCCGGGCUGGUCGGUGCCAAGGACAUCGAGGCGCUGGAGGCCGCCAUCGGGCAGGCCUCCUUCCUGGACAGCAAGCCGGGCGAGAGCCGACAGAAGCUGCGAGCGGCGCGCACGCGGCUGAAGAAGAUGAAGGCCGACGCGGAGGCUAAGCUGGCGGCGGCCGCCGCCAACAACGACCUGUCGCCGCACCGCAAGCAGCAGAAGUACGAUGCCGCCGAGUUUGAGGCUCUGGUCAGCAAGUACGAGAAGCUGAACUGGCGCAUCAUCAGCAAGCCUGGAGGCGCCACCGUCAAGCCGGAUGACUUCUACGUGCUGUAUGGCUACCACCAGCAGGCCACGCAGGGCAACAUCACCACGGAGCGGCCCAUGUGGGCUGAGAAGGGCGGGCUGGACUUUGAGGGGCGCGCCAAGUGGGAUGCCUGGGCCGCGCACAAGGGCAUGACGACGGAGAAGGCACGGCUGGAGUUUGUCAGAACCUACUACGAGUUUGGCCCCAAGUGCCUGUACACCGACGCGCGCACAGGCGACGACGGCAAGGCGGCGGGCGGCGCCGCCGCAGAGGCCAAGGAGCCCGCCGCCGCGGAGGCCAAGCCAGAGGCCAAGCCAGAGGCCAAGCCCUGA